AUGUCCGUAACAGGGGGAGCAAAGGUGUCUGUAGCGCCGAUACCGGGCUUGUAUCCGGUCACGGGCAAGCCACGGCAGUUGGGUGCUUUCGAGCACUUUGCAAUGUCCGCUUUGGCCCCUGCUGGGGCUGUCAUCUUCACAAAUCCCUUCGACACUGCAAAAGUCCGCCUACAACUACAAGGCGAAAAAUUACGACAAGCGAAAACCGGCGCAACCGCAGCAGCCAGCGCGCAAUCGCAAACGGUGUACAAAAACAGUUUCGACACCAUCUAUAAAAUCUACAUAAAUGAGGGCAUCAAGGGUCUGCAAAAGGGUCUGACGCCUGCGAUCCUGAGGGAAGGGUCGAAGAACUUGUUUCGCAUUGGCAUGUUCGACCCCAUUUUGGCUACCAUACACGACAAUUCGAAAGGCAAGCCACCAGCCUGGAAGCGGAUGGUGGCUGGAUCGAUGUGCGGUGUCAUGGGCGCCAUCAGCUGCAAUCCCUUUGAGCUUGUGAAAACACGAUUACAAUCCGCGUCGAAAAGCAAUAUCGCCGUUGGAACGCAACAUGGCUACACCGGAACAUGGAACGCCCUUUCGAGCAUCUACAAAGCCGACGGCGUACGCGGCCUCUACCGCGGCUCCAUCCUCAGCAUGUUCCGCUCCAUCUUUGGCUCCGGGUCGAAUCUCGCCGCCUACUCCAUAAUGAAGGACUACCUGAUAACGGAACGGCAGUGGAACGAUAACGCGUGGCUGGAUAUGGUCUGUGGGCUCGCUUCUGGGAUCGUUAGUUGCAUCUGUAUGAACCCCAUCGACGUGACCCGUACGCGAUAUUAUAACCAGCAAUACGUUGACGGAAAAGGCGUGAUGUACUCGAAUGGGAUCGACGCCAUAAGGAAGAUCGCCAAGAACGAGGGUCUGACGGCGUUCUAUAAAGGGUUGACGACGCAUUUCUUGAGGAUAGGGCCUCACUUUUGCCUGACAUUCGUGUUCCUGGGCAUACUACGCCGCGGCUGCACGGAUUUCUACAGCUACCUCGACAUGCGCGACUCGUUCUCGGCCUUCGACAAGGACGGGAACGGCAUGCUGGACCAGGCUGAGUUGCGCGACGCGUUGCAGAAAGUCGUUAUGAGCCGUGGAGAGUUGGGGUACGAUGCCAUGAUCACGUCGUAUGCAGACCGCAUCCUAGAACAAGCCGACGUGGACCACGACAACAUGAUCAACCCGAAAGAAUAUCCCGCGAUGGUCAAGGAAGUCACUGCGAUCGUCGGCGAGCGGAAUCGCAAGCAAUAA